AUGGCUCUGACGCGCCAGCGGGUCCUCCUGGAGCUGAAAAUGCAGCUCGCAUUGGACUUCCUGGCAGACGAUGCAGUGAUUAGCCUGGCUGCUGCGAAUGCCGAGUUGCGAACGGCCCUUGCUAGCGCUUGUGCGGCUCGGCACGGGCACGGUUAUCGCCACGCUUCUGGACCCUUCUCGCUAUCCGAGUCUCAGCUUUGGCGCGUCUUGAGUCUGGAGGAGCUGAGCCGUUUCCAGCAUUUGCUCCCUCGUGUGACUCUCGUCUCUGAGCUUUGCCUGAAGGACUCGUCUGAGUGUAUGUCAUUCGUAAUUGCCGGAGCCAGUCUCGCCAGGGAAACCGUCGAUCAUCACAUCUAUUACGCCGUGUUCACCUUCGACAAAGGUGAGACCACGAAGCUGUUCUCGGGGGAAGAAGACGAAAACGACAACAACCAUUGGUGUGCUGCACAGCCUCUUGUCGAUGUCGUUUCCGGCAAGCAUCACUACAGUGUCCAGAUUGCAGCCCAGUGCUUUGAGGUGGGCAUGCCAACAAUUCAUCUCAGUCCGGACUGUGACAGCGAGGAGAACGAUGAUGAGGGCAUCUGCUGCAACAGCCCGAUGCAGCCUGACAUGAGGCUGCAUGCUUCUGGCGACAGGAAAUGCAUGAACAUCUGGGAUGACCACGACCUGAACGAGGCGUCACAGCUACGCUCUGCUGUGCACAGCAGCCACAUACCCUCGUUUAAUGUGCGUUGUUAA